GGCUCUUAUAUUAAGUCAAACCCCCUUGCCUUGACUGCGAUUCACCCCCGUGUCCGAGACAGGUGAAACCCUGACCUCCCUGCUCCUGGAGGAUGCUGCCAGACCCGAGUCUCCAUGAGGAAAUGAGAGGGAGCCGAGGGUGAAAGGGCUGAUGCUUUGGUAUCCAGAAACUUGAGGAAGAAAAUAAACUGAAAUUACAAAUCAAAACAUAUAACUGAAAUGAUGUAAUCUUGGUCCAGUAUACUACGGAUAUUUUAUCAGUAUAAAUGACAAGGAAUAUAGGUAAAUAAUAAGAUAAACCUUGGAUGAGGAAUACUGAAGUCUCCAAAACCCGUAUAGUUUCCAUUAAGCAAGAUAACCGGGUUACACAAUGGAUUAUGGAGGCCAAAAAAUGGGCUGUGACACCAGAGACGGACUUAGAGUCUGAUUAUAAGAGCAGAUACUCUGAAGGAAGCUGCUGACAAUGGUAAGGGCUAGAAAGGGAUCCAAACUCUGGCCUCUUAACGUAUUUGCUGGGAGCCCUUUACUCUGGAGGUGGCAGAGGGGAGAUAAAGUCCUUUGACGGAUCUUGUUCUUAAGAUUUCUGUGGUUCAACUUUCUUUCUCAUCCCUCCAUGUCCCACAGUCUAGGAAUAUGAAUGGUGAGCCAUGGAUGCUGGCAAUUGGAGCCAGGUAACAGAGUUCAUCAUCUUGGGCUUUCCCCAUCUCCAGGGUAUCCAGGCUUACCUCUUCGUCUUGUUACUUCUAAUUUAUCUCACCACCGUACUGGGAAACCUGCUGGUGUUCCUAGUGGUCCGCCUGGACUCCCAGCUCCACACACCCAUGUACCGCUUUGUCAGCAUCCUCUCCCUGCUGGAGCUUGGCUACACGGCGGCCACCGUCCCCAAGAUGCUGUCGAACCUGCUCAGGGAGGAGAAGACCAUUUCUUUCUCCGGAUGCCUCCUGCAAAUCUACUUCCUUCACUCUCUUGGGGCCACUGAGUGCUAUCUCCUCACAGCUAUGGCUUAUGACAGGUAUUUAGCCAUCUGCCGGCCCCUCCACUACUCCACCCUCAUGACCCCAGCACGCUGCGCCAAGAUCGCCGUUGGCUGUUGGUUGGGAGGUCUGGCUGGGCCGGUGGCUGAGAUCUCCCUGGUGUCCCGUCUCCCUUUCUGUGGCCCCAAUCGCAUUCAGCACAUCUUUUGUGAUUUCCCGCCCGUGCUGAGCUUGGCUUGUACUGACACAUCUAUCAACGUCCUAGUGGACUUUGCCAUCAACUCCUGCAAGAUCCUGGCCACCUUCCUGUCGAUCCUCAGCUCCUAUGUCCAGAUCGUCCGCACGGUGCUCAGGAUUCCUUCAGUUGCAGGCAAGACCAAGGCCUUCUCCACCUGUGCCUCCCACCUGACCGUGGUUCUCGUCUUCUACGGGAGCAUCCUCUUUAUGUAUGUGCGGCUCAAGAGUAGCUACUCACUGGACUAUGACCGCGCCCUGGCUGUGAUCUUCUCGGUGCUCACACCUUUCCUCAACCCCUUCGUCUAUAGCUUGCGCAACAAGGACAUUAAGGAGGCCGUGAGGAGGCAGUUGAAGAGGUCAGGGAUGCUUAUCGAAGUGAAGGUGGGGAAGGCAGGCCAAGGGAGAAGACGAGGUACGGGGACCCAGGGGGUCGCCGGUCACCGCAGAUGAGAAGUCAAGCGUUGAGUGCUUUUCUACGUGGGAUACAGAACUGGGGCAAGUGUCGCCUGGCUCUCAGCGUCUACACAACCGCCCCACUGGAGCCACACGCGGCCAGAAACCAGAGAUUGGAAUGUGGUUUUCAAAUCUCAGAUGUUUGUGUACCAUACAUAGGAAUUUCGUCACAUCUGGGCCUUACCUACUAUACGUCAAUAUACAGUAAAUUUGAUGAAUAUUUAAUGUAAAUACAUUUACUAGUAUUCUAAACAAUAAUAUUGAAUAAUAUUGAGAUACAUUUUAGAACAAAAAAUAACCGUUUUUUUUUUUCGUGUACCAUUUACACUUAAAUGGUAUUGCAUGUAUACUAUUUGUUUGUGUAUUGAAAUGGAAAACACCGGUAUAGUAGAGGACAGCGUGUUUUUGACUGUAUACAUGCGGGUUUAAAUCCUAAUUCAUUCAGUUACUUUGAUGACAUGAUCUUUAGUGAGUAACUCAAACUCUCUGAGUCUUAAUUUCACCAUUUGUUAAAAAUAUUUUUUGAAGGUUAUUUUGCGAGUUAGUGAUAAGGUCUGUAUACCACAGGUAAAGUGUCUGGGA